AUGAGCUAAAAAAUUCAAAAAAGCUAAUUGCAAAUUCUUUCAAAAUCUAAGCAAAUUAAAGUUAAAGAAGAUUGUGAUGAAGUAAAUAUUUUUAAUUCUUACAUCUCAAUGCAUACUGAAGAAAGAGAUAAUCAUCAUAAAGAAUUUAAGGAUAAAGAAUACUAACAAAGAAAAGAGUCCGAAAGAAAUUGUUAAUCAGUCAAAAAAAUAGAAAUGUCUACACAUCAAUAAAGAAAAAGGUAAUCAUAAUCUGCACAUCAGACUUCUGCUGUAAAAGUUUAAUUUCAAACUCCCUUAUAAAAGAAAACACAUCGUAAAUUUUAUAAAACACCAUUUCCAAAAUAAUGA